AUGGCAUCAAAGCACCACCCCAACCUGGCGAGGCUGCUGCGGUUCUGCGUGGACAUCAACCCAGCAGCACCGCACUGCACCCCUUCCCAUCCCAUUCCAGGUGAACGCCAUGGCAUCGAAGCACCACCCCAACCUGGUGAGGCUGCUGGGGUUCUGCAUCGACUGGUGAAUGCGAUGGCAUCGAAGCACCACCCCAACCUGGUGAGGCUGCUGGGGUUCUGCAUCGACUGGGUGAACGCCAUGGCAUCGAAGCACCACCCCAACCUGGUGAGGCUGCUGGGGUUCUGCAUCGACUUCAACGCGGGCACGGAGGAGAUGGAGCAGGUGGUGGUGUAUGAGUUCAUGGAGAACGGCGAUCUCGACCGUUGGAUCGGAGACGUACAGCGCGGUACAGAAUGGUACUCUCUUGUCAUGUGCCCCCUGCCCUGCAUGUGCCGCUACAUGUGCCCCUGCAUGUGCACCUACAUGUGCCCCUGCAUGUGCACCUACAUGUGCCCCUGCAUGUGCACCUACAUGUGCCCCUGCAUGUGCACCUACAUGUGCACCUACAUGUGCCCCUGCAUGUGCACCUACAUGUGCACCUACAUGUGCCCCUGCAUGUGCACCUACAUGUGCACCUACAUGUGCCCCUGCAUGUGCACCUACAUGUGCACCUACAUGUGCCCCUGCAUGUGCCCCUACAUGUGCACCUACAUGUGCACCUACAUGUGCACCUACAUGUGCCCCUACAUGUGCCCCUACAUGUGCCCCUACAUGUGCACCUACAUGUGCCCCUGCAUGUGCACCUACAUGUGCCCCUACAUGUGCCCCUACAUGUGCCCCUACAUGUGCACCUACAUGUGCCCCUGCAUGUGCACCUACAUGUGCACCUACAUGUGCCCCUGCAUGUGCACCUACAUGUGCACCUACAUGUGCCCCUGCAUGUGCCCCUACAUGUGCACCUACAUGUGCCCCUGCAUGUGCACCUACAUGUGCACCUACAUGUGCCCCUGCAUGUGCACCUACAUGUGCACCUACAUGUGCCCCUGCAUGUGCACCUACAUGUGCACCUACAUGUGCCCCUGCAUGUGCACCUACAUGUGCACCUACAUGUGCCCCUGCAUGUGCACCUACAUGUGCCCCUACAUGUGCACCUACAUGUGCCCCUGCAUGUGCACCUACAUGUGCACCUACAUGUGCCCCUGCAUGUGCACCUACAUGUGCCCCUACAUGUGCACCUACAUGUGCCCCUACAUGUGCACCUACAUGUGCCCCUGCAUGUGCUGCUACAUGUGCCCCUGCAUGUGCCCCUACCUGUGCCGCUACAUGUGCCCCUACAUGUGCACCUACAUGUGCCCCUGCAUGUGCACCUACAUGUGCCCCUGCAUGUGCACCUACAUGUGCCCCUACAUGUGCACCUACAUGUGCCCCUGCAUGUGCACCUACAUGUGCACCUACAUGUUCCCCUACAUGUGCACCUACAUGUGCCCCUGCAUGUGCACCUACAUGUGCACCUACAUGUGCCCCUGCAUGUGCACCUACAUGUGCACCUACAUGUGCCCCUGCAUGUGCACCUACAUGUGCACCUACAUGUGCCCCUGCAUGUGCUGCUACAUGUGCCCCUGCAUGUGCCCCUACCUGUGCCGCUACAUGUGCCCCUGCAUGUGCCCCUACGUGUGCCGCUACAUGUGCCCCUGCAUGUGCCCCUACAUGUGCCCCUACAUCUUUGGAGUGGUGAUGCUGGCGGUGAUAACAGCGCAGCAUGCCGUGCGCACCCAGCAGAACACGAGCAGAGUCAACCUCAAGGCAUGGGUGGCACCUCUAGUUUCUGCCCAUGACGUGGCAUCCUUCAAAGACCCUCGCCUCGAGGGUCCUGCUGACGUCAUCCUCCGCCUCGCUGAGCUUCCCCGUGCUGCUGAACUGCCAGGCGCUGUGGAUCCGCAAUUUCACGGGAUGGACCACGGGGGAGGACUGUCAGCCAGGCGCUGUGUUCCCCCCCCUCACCACUCUCCACCCCGCUCCACCCCUCCCCGCCCCCAGUCCCGUCCCCGUGCUGCUGGACUGCCAGGCGCUGUGGAUCCGCAAUUUCACGGGAUGGACCACGGGGGAGGACUGUCAGCCAGGCUCUGCUUUUCCGUCUUACCCCUCUCCGCCCCUCUCCACCCCUCCUCUCCCCCCCAGUCCCGGUUCUUCCCUGUUCUCCUCGACUGUCAGGCGCUGUGGAUUCGCAACUUCACGGGAUGGACCACGGGGGAGGCCUGCCCGUCAGGCUCU